GCCAGAAAUAACAUGUAAAUUUGAAUAUGAAAAAAGCACGAUAUUGCACGUAGUAUCAUGAUGAUGAAAACGAAGAAUUUACAGGCUCUCAGAAGAAACGAGAGUACUCUGUCUCUGAUAAAGCAGUUUUAAUUGUAUUAACAGAUAGUGAUCACUGGUUGGCGAAAUAACAGUUUUGUCCAAAAUUGAUACUUUUUGAGGAUUUUGUAUAUUUGUGUUGCUAUGGAUGAUAACUGAGCGUCAUGGCACGACCCAGACGCAAUGCUGCUUUACCCACUCUGCCAUUGCCUGGUAGAAAAAGUGAAGAUUCAUCGAAUUGUGAAAUUGAAACACAGAUAACGUUAACACCCCCAGUCGACUACGAAGACGUUACAAAAGGAGAAGUGGAACGAUAUAAACUUGUUGUGCUUGGGGAUGAAGAAUGCGGGAAGACUGCUUUGCUGAACACGUUGGUGAAAAGCGCUGAUUUUGAGGUGGAUGAUUCCUUUGCUACGUUUGAUGAAUGUGUAACUGACGUUAAGACUACUCAAGAACAUGUUGAAUUCACUCUCUAUGAAAUAACAGGCAUGGACGACUACCGGAGUCUUCGUCUUGAGUUAUGCAGAGGAGCAGAUGUAUUCUUGGUGUGUUUUGACAUCGGAAGACCUUGUACUCUUCGUAGUGUUGAACGCAAGUGGUCAUCAGAGAUAACCCAAGAGUUUCCAGAUACUCCAUUUCUCUUAAUUGGAUGUAAAAAUGACCUACGAACAGACUCAGCUAUGUUCUCUACAGAAAUACCAACGGAUGAGAUGAUGGAAGAUGCUGACAGUGUUUCGCGUGCAAAGGCUGAAAAAGUUUCACAAAAUAUCGGUGCAAAGGCUUACGUUGAAUGUUGUGCUAAAACAAGAUGGAACGUUGAUCAUGUUUUCAAAGCAGCAGCUGAGGCUAUUCUCACUAAAGACGAUCAGAAAACAGAAUUACUACAUUCAAAACAUAAUCAUUCUGUUUUAAGAAGAUUUUCAAGACUAGCCACAGACAAACAUCAUUCCAGUUCCAAACGAGGCUCUAUAUUUUCCUUUGUUGUUGGUUCAAAUGCUUGACAGAUAGUUUGUUCCAAAUAUAUCUUAAAAUAAUUAUU